CUUGUUUGUUGAGAGAAACGGCUCCGACUUAGCUGCAGAGAUCGACACUGUUGGAUUCAAUUUUCUUUAGUAGAAAGGAAAAAUGAUGUCUCCAAAGCAAACGAGUGAAGAUCGAGGAUCUCCUCAUUUCAGGCACACUCCUUUGCAGAUAAUCCAUAUUAUUGGAAACUUAUUGAGAAUAUGGUCAGUUUAUUCCAUGUAUCGCUACUUGUCUCAGACUGGAGCUUCAGUUGUACUUUUUAUCUUCAGUUGUCUAGUUCCAUCAUCCAUCCUGUUUUUGGCUUUGCAAAAGCCUUGGAAAGGGAGACCACUCUCUAAUCAACAGGUAGUGCCAUCUAUCAUAAAUGGUGCCAUAACAGCUCUAUACUUCAUCUUGUGGGGAAAGGGCCUUAAGUCAUGUGGACCACUUAGAGCUAUAUUGGCGGAGUAUUCUGGCGCUGUCCUUGGAGUGUUAUCUGCUACAUUAUAUGGUCGGAGAAGCCAUCUCUGGAAAAAGGUGGGUGGGCUCGUUGCAAUGUGGGCAGCUUUCUACUUCUUAUCUCAAGGGUGGGCAAUGGCCACAUAUUCACCUUUUUCAUUCAAAGAUACUGUUGAUACUGAGGAUCACACAGAAGAAGUUUUGAGUAUGACAGCAAUGACAAUUCCAAUCCUUGCUGGAAUAUUAUCAGCUUUAAGAAGGGUGAUUGCACGGCGUGUUUCACUCAAGAAUCAACUUAAAAGGAGGCUUCAUGCCAUAACCAUUACUGCUGCAACGUGUUUCCUGUUUCCAGUGGCCAUGUGGGACUUCAUCAUUGGAUCAACUUCUGAUAGCAGCAUAGAGUUGCCGUUUUCAGCUUGGGCAUUUCUGAGCACUAUUCUUUUUGGAGUUAUCUUGAUAUUUUACGUCGACAGCAUUGCAGAGGAGAGAUUGCACAUGGUUUUCUCUUCUCCAAGGCACUUAAUGGUAGCUGGAGGAUGCAUUAUUAUCAUGGAGAUCAUCUAUAAAAUGGACUUUUCUCUACCAGGAUUCAUUAUUUGCUCGUUAAUUUUGGGAUUUGGCAUUUAUGCGGCAACCUCGUUGGAACGAAGUAAAAAGGGUUCUAUUCAGCAUUCAGAUCCUUCAAAUGGCAUGUUGGAAGAACAAUUAGAAACGUCCUCACUUCCAACUUGAAGUGUGCAAUGUUUCUCUUUCAAAGUUGUCGCAACUACAGAACACCAUGAGCAUCCCAGUCCCGUCAGUAAAUUGUUUCCAUUUUUAUAUGAUUAUCUCCAUUUCCUGAGGCAAAUGAAGGAUUCAAUUGAAUAUCGGGGAAAACUGACAAGUCUAGUUGGCAUCUCUCACAUGCAUGAUUCUCAUUGAUGGCUGAUUGCUUUUUGUAUUGAAAUGUAUAUAGAUCCAGUAAAUGCGUUUGAAGCGCUCAUUUUUUUCUCAUCAGUUGUAGCUUUGAUGUUAAUAAACUUACCAAAACCAUUUUAUUCUUCUC